UGAACUUUGCCGUGUGUUGACCGUUUUUGGUGGAAGAAGUAUGAAUCCUGGCUCAUUCGACACUCGACUCUCGCCGGCUCAUCAUCUUUUUGCUCAGUCUCUUCUCCAAUUCUGACUAAUUCUCGACUUUAAAUUUUUUUCACGUACUCUACAAAUUAUACCUGAUUAAAAAUGUGUGACGACGAAGUUGCAGCGUUGGUCGUGGACAAUGGUUCCGGUAUGUGCAAGGCUGGAUUUGCUGGGGAUGACGCUCCAAGGGCUGUGUUUCCUUCAAUCGUUGGACGACCCCGUCACCAGGGAGUUAUGGUGGGCAUGGGUCAGAAGGACUCGUACGUCGGAGAUGAAGCUCAAUCAAAGAGAGGAAUCCUGACUUUGAAGUACCCAAUUGAACACGGCAUUGUCACCAACUGGGAUGAUAUGGAGAAAAUCUGGCAUCACACUUUCUACAAUGAGCUCCGAGUUGCUCCAGAGGAACACCCAGUGCUCCUCACCGAAGCCCCAUUGAACCCCAAGGCUAACAGGGAAAAGAUGACGCAAAUUAUGUUCGAAACGUUCAAUUGCCCUGCAAUGUACGUCGCCAUCCAAGCCGUACUUUCCCUAUACGCUUCUGGUCGUACUACUGGUAUCGUGCUUGAUUCUGGAGAUGGUGUUUCCCACACCGUGCCAAUUUACGAAGGUUACGCUCUCCCUCAUGCCAUCCUUCGUUUGGACUUGGCCGGCCGAGACUUGACCGAUUACUUGAUGAAAAUUCUCACUGAGCGUGGAUACUCUUUCACCACGACGGCCGAACGUGAAAUCGUGCGAGAUAUCAAGGAGAAGUUGUGCUAUGUCGCACUUGACUUUGAACAAGAAAUGGCCACCGCUGCGAGCUCAUCCUCGCUCGAAAAGUCCUAUGAACUUCCGGACGGUCAAGUCAUCACGAUUGGAAAUGAGCGAUUCCGUUGCCCAGAAGCUCUCUUCCAACCUUCCUUCUUGGGAAUGGAAUCUUGCGGAAUCCACGAGACCACUUACAAUUCCAUCAUGAAAUGCGACGUUGACAUCAGAAAGGAUCUGUACGCCAACACGGUCUUAUCUGGAGGUACCACAAUGUACCCAGGAAUUGCAGACCGUAUGCAAAAGGAAAUUACUGCUUUGGCACCAUCAACGAUGAAGAUCAAGAUCAUUGCCCCACCAGAGCGUAAAUACUCUGUCUGGAUCGGAGGAUCUAUCUUGGCUUCGUUGUCAACCUUCCAACAAAUGUGGAUUUCUAAACAAGAGUACGAUGAAUCUGGUCCAUCCAUUGUCCACCGAAAAUGCUUCUAAGCUGUUAAAUUCACAUAUAUUAUUGCUACGGGGAAAGAGAAUGAGGAGUGAAAUUAUUAAUUAUGUAAAGUUUGGUUUAUUCCAUUAAUCAACCUGAACUAUUCCAAUAUAUAAAUUCCAGUUUCGAGUAUUUGCAACGUAACGAGUCGUUUAAUAUUUAUGAUAUUCUGCACUACAUAAAACUUUAUAACGAUUUCAAUUACCUUUUUCAUAGUGUAAGCACGAACGAGUUAAUUAAAGCUGCCAAUUCCAAAAAAUGAAAAACAAUUGCUAGAUCUGUAGUGAAUCUCAGCAACAAAAACUUACUACUGCAAACUUAAACCUGCGAUAGAGAGCGAAAACAACAAUACAUUCCUAUUAUGUAACUUGAUGCUUAUGAUGGUUCAGCUUAGCUAGCCGUAACUAUUCCAGUGAUGCUUAUUAUUGGGUUAGUCUUAGUUCCAAAUUUUCAAUAAAUGUUGAGUGUUUUACACUCUCGGAUGAAAAACAAAAA